AUGCCCAGGCUCCCCAGCGACCUCGUCUCGACCAGCGACGUCAAACCUCGCGCACCGGUGCGUUCCAGCGCCAAGCACGGCACCGACACGCUGAAGGCGGAGGUCAGCACCACCAAGCCGGGCGACUCAGGCGACGGGGUCCUCCAUCUCAUGGGACUCGACGACGUGACGGUCGUCCUGAGCCACCACCUCGCCCUCGCCACCGUCGGCACCGAACACGACGUCGCCAACCUGUGCGGACUGUGCGUCAGCCUUGGACCGAACGGCCUACGCGAGGCUGUCACUGCGCUUGCUGCGACCGAGCUCGUCCAGCCGACGCCCGCGCAGAUGACCGCCCUCGAGGUGUUCAUGUAG